AUGGAUCGAAGUAUGGAUUCUAUUGGCAGCUGUUCUCUAGAUGUCGAUGCUGAAUCAUCUGAUAUAUCAGAUACUAGUGACAGUUUAAAUUUUCCCACACCCAUUUCCAUCAAGGAUAUAACACGAGAAUUUACCGCCAACAUACGCGAACGCUGUUCCGUACAGACCGUUAAAAACAAUACAACAGCCUAUGUGGAUCCCGUGACGGGUCAAGUCUGCAUUGCUCUGACAACAACACCGACAGCAACCGCAAACACAUACGACAAGAAACCGAGCUAUCUAAAUUUGGCCUGUUGUGUUAAUGGCUAUUCGAAUAUAACCACAUACGAUUCGAAAAUACGACAAGACAUAAAUAAAUCACGCGAAGUAUCGCCCAUACGACCCUCGUCGACUAGUUUACAGUAUUGCAAGAAGAGUAAUUCGCUGGCACCACCCGUAUUAUUGGCCAUGCCGAAUGUAAAUGUCACCUCGCCGCAUCACCACCACCACCCGCAUCAUCAUUUGCCGCACAUGGCCACAAAUGGUGGCGGUGUUGGUGUUGGUAUGACCACCAUUGGCAGCAAAUACACCAUCAUUGAGAACAAUAACCAUUCACAGAAUGGUGCCACAGAUACCAGUCUCCAUAAUUUAAGUGUGGGUGAUGAUAUUGGCAAUGGUGGGGGUAGCACAGUUACCCGCAGUUUUAUACAACAACGUGUGGAAAGACUCUAUGGGCCAGGUGCUCUAGCUCAGGGUUUCUAUAGCCCAAAGAAGAUACGAGAAUCACCACAACGUUUGAAUCGGUCAUUGAAUAGUGAAAAUGGUGGUGGUGGAGCCACUUCGGAGUUGGUCAGGAAAUUCCAAGAACUGUCACCCAGUAAAGAUUACAACAAAUUUCGUGAGAAGUUAUCAUCGAAUGGUAAACCUUCCAUACCCGCCUCCAGUUUGUCAUCAUCCGCAUCGGCAGGCGCAGAGAAUUUAAAUUCCGAAAAUAACAACAUCGAUCUACCAUGUCUGAGACAUUUAUCGCAGGAAUUUAGGGCCCAGUUGCCUAUAGUGUCGCCUAAAAGGAAUUUCUCUAGGACUUCCCCCGGUAGGGAUCUGACAGCUGCCAAUAAUAAAAUCAACUCCAACACAGCGACAACAGCAACCAUGACAGUAAAUAAAACACAAAAUUACAGCACAAGCAAUGGCAUUACAAGCAAAUCGGAAAUUAUCACUUCCACCACCACAACAACCAACAACAGCAGCAGCCCCAUCACCACAAACACAACAACAACAAAUAAUCACCAUCAUCAUAAUCCCAAUACUACCAAUCCCGAUCUUCUAAAGUCACAAAAUUUAAAUUCUUCGUCAUCGACCGCUGCAGGUUCAAUCGGUAGCGAUGAAGUUGAUCGUAAAGUGCAAUUAGUAGAUGACCAAGCCACGGCAGAAUUGUUACAGACUCCACCACCCCUGUCAUCAUCAUUAGCCUCACCUCAUGUCAAAUCUUCCGAGGAGCUAUUGGUAAUAACUCCCAUUUCCCAUAUUACAACAAAUGAGACUGUGUCGUCCACUGAGCCGACAACUAGCAAUGGCUCGUCAGCCAAGGAUGCCCAUUUCUUCCUUAGACAAUUGAAAUCGGAACAGAAUCGUUUAUUGGAAUUGGCAGCAGUGGCUGAGAAAUAUAUGGAUGCAUUGGCGAGUAAUCCCGAUAUUACCGAAGACACAAUGGGUUUAUUGCGUUCCGCUUCUGGUAAAGCACGCCUCUUAGUAUCCCAAAAAAUGAAACAAUUUGAAGGUUUGUGUCACAACAAUUUGAACAGCGCUCCCGAAGAUCAAUUCCCAACCACUGUCGAUGAUUUACAAGGUUUCUGGGAUAUGGUUUAUUUACAAGUCGAUCAUAUCGAUUCGAUAUUUAAGGAAAUUGAAAUUUUGAAGGCCAAUGAUUGGAAGAAACCAGCCAAUCUGUUAACAGCAAAUGCCGGCAGCAGCAGUAGUAAUGUCCUGAGGACACCCAAACCCACAAAGACUUUAAAAUCGCGUACAAAUACGCCCAUGGCAAAUGGUGGCGGCAGUGGUAGUGUUAAUUCCACACCCUCAGCUGCCGCACUAAAACGUGAGGCUCAACGUAAAAAAUUGCAAGAAAUGAAGCGUCGCAAUCGUGAAGCUAUGGCGGCUGCGGCCGCCACAGGAUCACCUGCUGCCGCCGCCAAUGAUGUGGAGGUUGGUGGUGUGACUCUGAUCGAUGGCAUUGAAAUUCUGGAAGCAAAUAGUAGCAAACAAAAACAGGAACCACAACCAGAACUUCUGCAACAGGACAGCUAA